CGGCUGGUGAAGAAAUAUUUAGUGGGAUUAUUAAUGUUUUUAUGGAUAAAAAGAAAGUUUAGUUCUAUUCAAGAUAUACAAGAUCUAUUUUAUGGUGGAAAUUCGUCAAAGAAAGGGUCAAAAAGAAGUAUUAAAGAUUAUACAGGAUUUCAAGGAAAUAGUGGAUUGGAUAAAUUUUUUAAUAAUAAUAAUUCAAGGAAAUCAUCUAGACAUCUUUCAGAGACGUCAUCAAGAAUAUUUGUUCGAGAAGAUGAGUCAUUUGAUGUUAGAGAUGACAAAAAUGCAUCUUUUUGCUCUAUUUAUCAAAAAGAACAUAAAAAUAGAAAUUCCCAGAAGGAUAGAUCAUUGUCUUUCCUUAUACCGGAUAAAUGUUCUAGUCCUUUGAUUAUUUCUAUUGACAAAAGUUCAAGAUAUCCUAAGAUUGCAGGAAAAAAUGGAUUUAGAGCACUUAAUAGAUCAAUAAUAGUGAAUUUUCUAAAAAAGAUUUUUUGUCUUAGUUAUUUUGUGGAUGAACAAAGAAUAUUUAGAACAGAUGACUCAAGAAGUAUGUCUUCUCAUAUGAUUUGUGAUAAAUUAUCAUCAAUGUCUAAUCAACCUUUAUCAUGUGUUUCAUUAUCAUCUUUAAAUACAUCACAAAAGAUGAUAGAAUUACCAGAAAAAAAAAUUGAUUAUUUAUCAAUAGGAAAUAUGUGGGUUCCAGGAAAUGAUGGAUUUGGAAUGAUUAUUGAAUUAUCAGAUUGGAUCAAUGAUAAAUUAUCUACUAGAACACGACAAAGACUAGCAAAUGAACUGAGACGAUCUAUAUCAACACAUGAUAAACCUGGUUAUAUUUAUGUUUUUAAUUUACAGUCAUCAGAAAUAAUUAAACCUUAUUCAAUGGAUAAAAUGAUCAUAAAAAUAGGAAGAGCAGGUAAUAUACAACGCAGAUUGAGUCAAUGGCCCAAACAAUGUAAUUUUAUACCGGAAUUGAUAGAAUAUUUUCCAUCAAAUGAGAAUGAAGCAAAGCAAUGUUUAGUUAGUUAUAGAGUAGAGCGAUUGAUACAUAUAGAACUUCAAGAUAAAUUCUUAUGUAAACCACAAACAUGUAUGACAUGUGGAAUUUCACAUAGAGAAUGGUUUUAUGUACCAAAUUUUACUGCAUGGAAAGAAGUAAAGAAAAUUAUAGAAAAAUGGAUAGAAUUUUCAUUUAUAGCAUAUGGAAAAACUUAA